UGUGAUCUCUGAAGUACAAAUAUACUCUUUUAUUUAGAUGAGACUGCUUGGCCAGACUCUUGACUUUUUCGUGGAGGAAAGCGGAGAAAAUUUCUCUGUGGGUGAACGACAACUAAUAUGUUUAGCACGGGCAAUAUUGCGUCAAAACAAGAUUUUGGUCCUUGACGAGGCCACGGCGUCCAUUGACACUUCCACAGACGCCAUGAUACAGAAUACGAUCCAGGAAAGCUUCUCUGAUUGUACCGUCCUGACGAUCGCCCACAGACUCAACACUGUCUUACAUUGUGACGUCAUACUAGUCAUGGACGGUGGGCGGGUGAUAGAAGUUGGUAAUCCAAAGACCUUGUUAAAAAAUACGUCCUCGCAUUUCAGCAAUAUGAUUCGUGCUCAAACCGCAUUGCCAUCAGAUAAUUGAAAUUAAUCAAUAAUGGUUGUGUAUGCAUACAUUAC